AUGGGAGUGCCAGCUUUUUAUAGGUGGCUGGCCGACCGCUACCCGCUGUCCAUCGCCGACGUAGUCGAGGAUGAACCCACAGUUGGCGAAGAUGGCCUUCCGUUGCCUACCGAUGCAUCUAAACCUAAUCCCAACGGAAUGGAAUUCGAUAACUUGUUCUUGGACAUGAACGGGAUUAUUCACCCUUGUUUUCACCCUGAUGGCAAGCCGGCACCUGCUACCUAUGAUGAUGUGUUUAAAUCAGUAUUUGAUUACAUUGAUCAUCUCUAUUGGUUGGUUCGUCCAAGGAAGCUUCUCUUCCUUGCAAUUGGCCUUGCUGUAAGUGCAAAAGAUUUGCGAUUUCAGACUGAGUCUUGUGACGGUGUUGCACCAAGAGCCAAAAUGAAUCAGCAACGUUCUCGGCGUUUCCGAGCUGCAAAAGAUGCAGCUGAGGCUGAAGCUGAAGAGGAAAGGCUGAGGAAAGAAUUUGAGAGUGAGGGGAAAGUUUUGUCUUCUAAAGACAAGUCUGAGACUUCAGACUCAAAUGUCAUUACUCCUGGAACUCAAUUUAUGGCAGCCCUGUCAGUGGCUCUUCAGUAUUAUAUACAGACUAGAUUGAAUCACAGUCCUAGCUGGCGGAAUACAAAGGACGCUGAUUUGAUUAUGCUCUCACUAGCUACUCAUGAGGUUCACUUCUCAAUAUUGAGGGAGGUAGUUACUUUACCUGGUCAACAGGAUAAGUGUUUUUCAUGUGGCCAAGUUGGCCAUUUUGCAGUUGAUUGUCAAGUUGGGGACUUAGAUACUCCUGAUGAUAGCCGAAUUCACAAGAAGAAAUAUCAGAUACCCAACCCUCCUUUUGAGAUUGACUUUGAACGAGUAGUGGAUGAUUUUGUAUUUCUCUGCUUCUUUGUUGGCAAUGAUUUCCUUCCACAUAUGCCAACAUUAGAGAUCAGGGAGGGGGCUAUAAAUUUAUUGAUGCAUAUAUACAGAAAUGACUUUUCUUCCAUAGGUGGUUAUCUUACCGAUGCGGGUGAGUCUUCUCCAGCUAUUAUCUUUUCACUUCAGUUGCUUGUUUUCUUAGAUAGAGUGGAACGAUUUGUCCAGUUUAUUGCUAUUCAUGAAGAUCAAAUCUUUCAGAAACGAGUUUGCAUUCAGCUGACUGCAGAAAGUAAUGAAGAGAUGAGAGCUAGGGCAAGAGGAGAAAUGCUUGGAGAACCCAGAGCCUCGUUUGUUGAUAAGGUUAAAUUAGGGGAGCCUGGAUACAAAGAAAGAUAUUAUACUGAAAAGUUUGGUGUAUCGAAUCUGGAGGAGAUUGAUAAAAUUAAGAAAGAUAUUGUCUUGAUUCUUGAAAUUUUGGUACUGUUCCCUCUGCCUGUGUUCCAAAUGAGGAAAGGGAGUCUGCCUAUGCCCUCCAACUGUAUGUUGUCUUCAAUUGGGUUUAGAUCUGUUGGUCUUGAAAUAUGUGGAAGGCCUUUGUUGGGUUUGCCGGUAUUAUUACCAGGGUGUCUGCUCAUGGAAGUGGGAGAUUGCAUCUCGGAAAAGUCAGGGCUACUACAUCUUGAAAAAGUUAGUACUAUUGUAUUUGGGAAAGCUCGGGCCUAUGCUUCUGGGAAAAGUUGGCUACAGUACUACCCAUAUCAUUAUGCUCCCUUUGCUUCUGAUUUUAAAGAUCUAGCUGAUCUGGAAAUAAAUUUCUUCCCAGGAGAGCCAUUUAAACCAUUUGAUCAGCUCAUGGGAACCCUACCUGCUUCAAGUUCAAGUGCACUACCCAAGAAAUAUAGGGAUUUGAUGACUGAUCCUUCAUCUCCAAUUUUUCACUUUUACCCUGCUGAUGGUGUAGUAAUACCCAACAAGGUAUUAAAAGCCAUUGAUAUUAGACCUUUUCCUGUGCUAUGGCAUGAGGACAAUAUUGGUCAGCUACUGCAAGCAAGAGAAAGGUCAGAAUCUGUUUCCAUGAGAAUGACAGCUUUCUACAAUAUAUUUCAGAUACUUGACUUGCCUGACCAUUCUGUAUAUGAUGCAUCCCACAGGCCACAAGUACCUGGAGCAAUAGCUGGAUCUCAACUGGGAGAAGCAGCUCAUCGACUUGUCAAGAACACUCUCAACAUUAAAUCAAAUAAUACAUCCCAUGGAUUGGAGCAACCUCGAGUCCAUGAUACAACAAACAGGCUUCGAUCAGCUGGAUAUGGAAAAUAUUAUGGAUAUGGAAAAUAUUAUGGUGAGAACGCAAGUGGUUAUUAUGGAGAAUAUAAUUACCAAGGCGUGAUGACUAGACCAAGAUAUGGUGGACACGAUGACAGACAGAAUUUAAAGAUACAAGAUAGGUUACAGCGUGAAGAACAGUUCCACAAUGUGAAGACUGACUUUUCUGCUUUAACGAGGGAGGAAAGGGAGAGACCUAGGGCAUUGUGGUUUCCAAAUUCCAGACCAAUAACCAAUUUACAACCCCGGUUUGUGAAGAACAUUACGUCAUUGGGGCCAGCAACUCAUGAUAAGCAGAUCAAGAAGGUUUACCAAGUUAAAAUACGUCAGCCAGAUACACCAGAAUCUGGGAAGCAAUAA